AGUGUGCCUACCUGGAGGCCAAAAACUGCCAGAUUGAGAGCAAGUACCUGGUCGUGCUGCGCAGGCUGCAGGAGAGCAAAGGGCUGGACAGCAGUCAGCAGGAGAUGGUGAAAAGGCUCAUUGAGGACUCACUGCAGGGAGACAAGAAGGAUGUCUUUAAACUCAACCCUGUCAGUGAGUACGACGACUAUGGAUUCAAGACCAUUCCUGAUUAUGAAGUAGAGGACGUGAAGCUCCUGGCCAAAAUCCAGGCCCUGGAGAUCCGUUCCAACAACCUGCGCAACAAUGAGAUGGUGGACAAGCCUUUGCGGACCAGGUGGGCUAACUACCUGGCCAGCCGUCCCUUGGACCAGCUGGCUCCCUCCCCGGAGCUGAAGGGCCUGAUCCGGUGUGGGAUCCCUGUGGAGUACCGGGAGCAGGUGUGGCGCUGGAUCGUGAGGACACGGACGCAGGUCUAUAGGAAGCGGAAUCCCAAUCGCUACCAGGAGCUGAGGAAGCACUGCGAGGUGUCGGAGCACCCGGCCUCGCGGCAGAUCAGGCUGGACCUGCACCGCACCCUCACCAGCAAUAAGCACUUCUCCUCGCCCACCUCCGACGCAGUCCAAAAGCUGCAGCGCAUUCUGCUAGCCUUCUCCUGGCAAAACCCCACCAUCGGCUACUGCCAGGGCCUCAACCGGUUGGCAGCUAUUGCACUUUUAGUUCUGAAGGAUGAAGAGGAUGCCUUCUGGUGUCUGGUGGCUGUUGUUGAAAUCAUAAUGCCACAAGACUACUACAGCAAAACCCUCACUGCCUCUCAGGCUGAUCAGAGGGUGUUCCGUGACUUUCUUACUGAGAAGAUGCCUCGCCUGACGGCCCACUUCAAGGAGCACAGCAUCGAUCAUUCCCUCAUCACCUUCAACUGGUUCCUGGUGGUCUUCGUGGAAAGUCUGGUCAGCGACAUCCUGCUCAGAGUGUGGGACGCUUUCCUCUAUGAGGGCACAAAGGUGAUAUUUCGCUAUGCACUGGCCCUCUUUAAGUACAAUGAAGAGGACAUUCUAAAAAUUCACGACAAUCUGGAAAUCUACCAAUACCUCCGUUUUUUCACCAAAACUAUCUCUGAUGGCAGAAUGAGGAUGAUGAUAAUGUACAGCAGACGCAUCAGACCAGUUGCUGUCAAUCACAGACUGUAUAAACAGUUCACACUCAUCUCACUCACUCCAGUGGCCAUGCUUUUAACCACUAGUAAAGUUAGUGAUUUCAGUAAACUGUCUUGUACCAUUUUGAUGAUGGUAAAUGUGAACAGUGAUUUUGCAGUUUACUGAGCUUUACCAUGCAUCCACUAUGAAACCGUAAGUCCUUCUUUACCAUUCACUUCCUACAGGUAAUGGAGCCCCCACCUCACAGACCCACAUAAUGUCCUCUUUGCAGCUUAGAAAACAGAUGUACUGUAUGUAUAGCUGUUUAAUGAACAGUUUGCAAGCAGAUUAUUAAAGUGUUGAACAAUUUAACUGGUAGGUCAAUUGGCUGGUUUCACAGGCCCUGAUUAGCACUAAUCCUGGACUACCUAUUGUUAUCUUAGGUAAGGUAGUCCAAAAUUAGUGCUAAUUGUAGUUUGUGAAACCAGCUGUUUAAGAUACUAUUAAAAACAGAAUUUUCUUGCCAUUAGGUCUUAGUAGUAAAAAUAAGUUAUCCUAAGGAUGAAUAAUUCCAAGGUUCUGUUGCCUUUUAUUUACUGAAAACAUUUAUUUUCUGUUAUACUGUAGCACGGAACUGGAUCAAUCAGUCUGCUUUCUCUUGAUUUUCAGUGAAAUAACUGGGAUUAUAUGAUAAUAAUUUGGCAGAGCUUUCUCACAAUGACUGUAAAGCAGCAGAAAUAUGUUUCCAUUUAGUUCUCAAAGCCUUUUCAUUGGAAUUAUUGAUUCGAUCACCAUGUUUCUCCUCUGCCCAGCCACUAAACCUGAAAUACAAACACAUUCAUUUAGAUGCAGCCAUUCAUGCUUCAGUAUUAGGAGUUUGUGAAAGAACAACAAGUGGAGCGCAAAGACAAGGAUCUGGACACUGUUGUCAGCGAAGACGAAGAAGUAAUACAGACUGCAGUUAGCUUGCAUCACACGUCCUGACGUUAUUGAAAAAUUACACAUCACUGAUACUAUUUAAACUAAUUUGUUUGCCUUAUUAUUCCCUGCUGUGGAAUAUAGUGGGGCAUACAUAUUGUGUAUGUCACACAUACAUCUAACUGUUAUCCUUUGUCUGUUGUUGAGUAUAUAGGUAUGUCAGACUUACAUUUUUACAUGUACAGUUCGGCUCUUAUUUUGUAAUGGCGUGUGAUGUACCGACAUACUUGUUUUAGAGUCAACAAAUUAAGAUUACCAAACCUGUCAAAAUGCAGAAUAUUAAUGGAAAUAGGUGUGUUGGUAAUACACACACACUACAUCUCUGAAUGCUUGACUUCAAAUCCAGUUUAAGUCACACAUGAAAGGAGUAUGGUGGUCCUAAGCCCUCGGCUUCCACAUCACAAAACCAACACACAGUGCAGCACAAUUGGCACAAAGGAUAAACCUGUUUCUUAUCUCAUAAAACAGCCUUUUACUAUAAUUAUCAUCUGUCAGUCUCUGAAUUUCUUCAAUCAGCAGUUCCAUUCCACUCAGAUCAGUUCAGUAAAUUAAUUAUUUUGUAGUUUCCCAAGAAAACAAAAACUCAUUGGAGAUCUUGAAAAUGAAUGUCUUGAAAUGGGAUUAAUUUAGGCCAGGCUAAUCUGAACAAGUACAGAGAUUCCAGUUACUUUUCAGACCGGCAACCAGGUUCCAGAUUUUCUAAACGAGACUAUCUCUGAAAUAAACUUAUUUUUUAUGCA